CACCUCAAGCUUAUCCCAGCAAGCCAACUCCAACAACAAUUGACCUCAACCACGCGCCGCAAAAGGUCAGCGGCUUUCAAGACUGCUAAAAUUCACACCGAGCAGUGGUUAUAAAAAACCAAAAAGGUUCACACGACCCUCCACUUCUAAACCCUUCACGACACACGCAUUCUCGCUCCCGCCCCGGUGUUCCUCCUCCUACCUCCCCCCUCCGAACCAGUCUACAACACCAGCAAUGCUCGGCCUCGCAAAUCUCCAGCCGCGGCAACUCGCCGCGCAAAUACUAAACUUCGCACUCGUUCUCUCAACAGCGUUCAUGCUAUGGAAGGGUCUCUCCGUCGUCACGGACUCGCCGUCGCCAAUCGUGGUCGUACUUUCGGGCUCGAUGGAGCCAGCUUUCCAGAGAGGCGAUUUGUUGUUCCUCUGGAACAGGGGACAGGACACACAGGUCGGAGAGAUUGUUGUGUAUAAUGUCAAGGGGAAGAACAUCCCCAUCGUGCACAGGGUGGUGCGGAGGUUCGGCGGAGGUGAAACUCCCCUCCAGCUCCUCACCAAGGGUGACAACAACUUGGCCGACGACACCGAGCUCUACGCUCGCGGCCAAUCGUUCCUCAACCGCAAAGAAGAUGUUAUCGGGAGUGUCGUGGGAUUCGUCCCAUUCGUGGGAUACGUGACUAUUCUCCUCAGUGAGAACCCAUGGCUCAAGCAAGUCAUGCUGGGAAUAAUGGGUCUGAUGGUGGUGUUACAACGGGAAUAAUAGGCACGAUUGAUUUUGGUGUGAUAUUGUAGCUAUAUGGCAAGAAGGGUCAGGUCCAAUAAGAUUAGGAUUCCAGGAAGGAAAUCAAUUUCGCCUACUUAGGAGCACUGUGACGGUAGAAGACCAAGGUCUAUGCAUACAUACGUACGUCUUAUUAAAGAGGGAGAUCCGGCGUGCAUUCAGUUCAAGCGUUCAGCAGGCAGGAGAAGAAAAAUCUAGCCAUUGAAGUCCAAAACAG